AUGAAAAUGUGCAUACUCUUACAACUUCAAGAAUUUGAGACAUUAAAAACAAAACGCUGCAGAGCAAGCAAACAAACAAGGAAAGAGGAAAUAAUAUGGCCACUGUAUUACCUUCAAGGACACUGUGAAAGCGACGCAGUCCAGGAUCUCGCAUGUUUUGUAUGCGUUGUGAACUUCGACUUCCAAAUGUUCCUUUCCGAACAACAGCAGAACCUACAUCGAGUGCAUAACCCUAGUUCGAGCGACACACAACCCAAGCAAUCGUAUAAGCUCUGA